AUGGACGACUCUUGGACGCCGAUUGUCAAGGAUGACGUCUUUUUUAACGAUCCUGUCCCCGGUGAACUCACUUAUAUUUUUGAUACGAAUGCUAAUAACGCCAAUUCUCACGGUAAGUCGAAUUUUAUUUGCUUAUUAGGUGAAAAUUUAAAUUUAGAGCUCUUUUGCGAUUUUUGUGAUUUUGAGGUGGCGUGGUUAAUAUACCUGAUAUCUUAAAGGGCUGUUGUUGAAUAUUUUUGAAUUUUUGGUAAUAGGUAGCCUAUAGUCUACAGAUUAAUAAUGGCAAUUUUCAAAUCUUAAAGAUUUUUUAUAAAAAUUUUAUCAAAAGGUGUUAUUGUCAUGGUUAAUAUAGCUGUUAUCUCAAAGACUUUAUACCGAAAAUUUUUGGUUUUUAGUAUAGUAUUAUGGCUAAUGAUACACUGAUUACUUGUACUUCUUUUUAAAUUUUUAUUUUAGUUUUUGAGAUAUGGCUUAUAUUAUCAUUGCCAAGCGAUCAGUAUGCUUGGAGUGUGUAUGAUAUGCCAUAACUUUUUGACUGUUGGUUGAAACUAUUAUAUAUUUUUAUUCGAGUUUGUGUAGUUUUUUAAGUUUUUUGUAGUUUUAGAUACAAUGACUUCUCUGUUCUAUUCUAUUUUUUUACCGCGAUGUUGAUAUAGACAAUGCACUUUUCUUUUAUGUUAUUUGUCAAAAUUUCCAAUAACUUCCUAAAUUUCAUUAUGUAUCUGCGCUUGUAAGAUCGCUAAAAACAUUUUGGACAGUUUUCAUGUCUUCUACAUCAUAACUUUUGUGUUUAUUCAGUUGUUUUGGCCAUUAGAAUUUGAAUUGUUUGAUCAGAUGCGUAGGGACUUUUGCUGUUUCAAGGCUUAUUUGAUCACAAUGUAUUCAAAUGUGUUGUUUUAGCAAUAACAAACGCCUUUUAAAGCAAUGUGUGUGAAAGCAAAUUUGUAUAGAUUGUAUAAAAAUUCAUUCAAUAGGCAUGUACAACAUUUGAAAAAUUGAAAUUUUGUUGAAAACUUGAGAAAAGUUUUAAAAAAAUUAGUUUUGGCCAAGUAAUGCUAUAUUAUGCCACCAUUGAUAACACAAAAUGAAAAACCAUCAUUCCAGAGCCCUUCUACAACUAUGCUGACUACGGAUCCGAUGGUAUUUCACCAUGCUCUUCCACUUCGUAUUUGCCCAGUCCAGAGUCGGUCGAUUUGAGUCCAAGCCAGUUGAGCCAAGCUCUAGUCAAUGGAUUUGUAGAUUUGGACACCAGAUAUGUUAACAAUAACAAUGAACAGCACGAAAUGAUUGUGAUAAAGACUGAGAGAGAGGAAGACCGAGUUGACAGCCCGUUAUCGAUUGUUUCUGAUUCAAAAAGCUACAGUUAUGAACAUUCGCCUGGAGUUGAAGGUAAGAUUAAUGUCUUUGGCUGUAUAUUAUGAAUGUGGUAGGAAAAGAUGCUUUGGUUUUGGUUGUUUUGAAAUUCAAACAAAUGGUGUAUUUUACCAUAAGGAUGGUUUAAAAGAUAUUUUUUUAAAAUUAUAAUUGAUAAGAAAUUGUUUUUAACGCCAAGGUGUAGUGGAAUGUAGUACGCCAUUCUUUUUAACAUAAGUUUUUUUUAAACCUAGUUAUAGGUUUGAAACUUUUAAAGAUGUUAUAGUAUAUAUUGAGGUAUAAAACGCUAAAAUUAAAAAAAAGUAUUUUUGAGGCUACAGUAGUUUAUCGUACUUAUACCUCACACUUCUUCUCUCUCAAAGUGCGACUUUCACUGAGCUUACUUAAACUUAGUGCCAUUCUUUUUUAAACCUCAAGAUAAUUGUUUUAGGUUUCCACACAGACUACAAGCAGUACCCAGCACCGAGGGCAGUCAGACAGUACGAAUGCGAGUACGACUCAGAAAUCAUGCCACCACUACCGCCUUCUCGUACUCGGUCGAAAAUGCACGAUCUGGCUGUGAAACAUCGACUGAUUACUGACCAGGUGAGUGGCAGGAUAAUAUUGAUUUUGGGAUAUGUUAUGGUAGAUUUUGAGGUAGGGGUAAUGUAGGUAUUGAGUGUUAUUGUAACUUUGGGUCUUACUGUAACUUUUUAAAACAUAGUUCAAGGCUUUAUUAUUGGUACUUUCAGGGGUAUUUUGAGGUUUUUAUGAUUAGUACUGCCACUUUUUUUUCGGUUUAGUAUUACCAGAAAUAGGGAUUUAAAAUUUUUUGAAAAAUUUUAAUUUUUUCGUAAAAAGAUUUCUUUUUUGAAACUUUGAGACUUAUGACCAUUGACUCUUUAAAAACCUAAUGCAAAAUUUAAUGCCAUUUCAAAAUAGAUUAAAAAGAUUGGCGCACAAUUAGGUAGCCUUAAUAGCAGAGUACAUAGCCCGACUUUGAUUGUUAUCUCACCAAUUCUAGUUCAAUUGUUAUUGAGGUCAUUCCAAGACAAAUUCCUUUCGACAAUAGUGAUUUAUAUUUAAAACUUUAUAAAAAAUGCAAAAAAUUACAUCUGCAGACAUCUUGAUCAAAAAAGAGUUAGAGAAAAUGAAAAAAAAAAUUUAGGUAACAAAUUUUGGUUUUUAAAAUUUUAAAAAUGAAAAAAUAAUUUAGGUAAGAAAUUUUUAGUUUUUAAAAUUGAAAAUGAAAAAAAAAUUUUAGGUAACAAUUUUUAAAAAUUUUGAAAAUUUGAAAAACUUAAAAAUUUUGGUAUGACAUUAACCUUGAUGUUCUAGUUGCAGAACCCUCGAAGCAAUGGAGUGAUUCAACUUUCGGCCGAAGAGAAACGAACCCUGAUUCAGGAAGGCUACGAGCUCCCCACCACGCUUCCAUUGACUAAAGAACAGGAGGAAGCACUCAAGAUUGUACGCAGGAAAAUCAAAAAUAAGGUAAAUAUUGAUAUUUUAAUGAAUUUUAGGUAACAAAUGACAUUUUUUGUGUAAAAUUUUUGAAAUUGGUAGUUUAGGUAACAAGACCAAAUUUUUAUGCUGGAGAGUUAUAGAAAGAAUAUUAGUUUAGGUAACAAAAAAGCGAAAAAGAUAAUUCUCGGUACAAAAUGAUGAAAAAAUGUGGUUUUAGGUAAAAAAAUUAAAAAAAAACUAAAUUUUCAUUUCAAAAAAUUAAAAACCUUCAUUUCCAACGCCAAUCCCUCACAAUAACAUCACUUUUUCAGCUAAGCGCCCAAGAAAGUCGCCGAAAACGCAAAGAGUACAUUGACAGUCUGGAGCGCAAAUGCCAGUCCUACUACAACGAUAACCUGGCCCUACGGAACAAGAUGAAGAAAAUCGAAGCCCAGAACCGUGAUUUGAUGAACAGAUUGAGUCGCUACGAUCCACCUCAGCUCACAAAAGGCUAA